UCCUUGUCAUUAGAGAAUCUACAUACAGUUCUCUGCUUCCUCUAUUUACGUUCUCUGAUUAAAGUUUCAUUGAUUAUUUUUCUGUGCUUGGAGUUGGUGUUGUCGGUGCUGUGAGCGACGCGGAUUGCAUUCUUAUUGUUUACUAUUGUAUAUACGCUACUUAAUACAUGAGUACUUUGCAGUGUGUCCAGUCAAUAUAAUAAUAAAUUGCAUACGCUAGACACUCGUACAUAGAAACAAUUGUGUCAAUUAAAAAGAUUGUUCAUAAAAAUGGUCAAAAACAAAACGAAUGUGCAUUCCGCUGAGGCGUUGUAUCAAGGAGUUUAUAAAGCGUUGCGAAUAUUAGUUCAUUUAACUGCAGCUGUGCAGUUCGGCUAUGGAAUUUACUAUGAGUGGACUUAUGUAAAAUUUCCUGAAUCAACGGCGAAUAUGCAUAGUAACUUUGGUGGAAAAUUUAAAUACCUAACAUUUCUAAAUGCGAUUAUUCAAACAGUUUAUUAUGUAAUUUCACUAAUAAAUGAUUUUGUUGGCACAAAUGAAGUUGCGCCGAAACGUUUACCAACUAUACGUAAAGUCAAGGAUUAUAUAAUGGCGUCAUUGGCUUUCCCAGUGGCAUUAAAUGUCGGUAUCACUUUCUGGAGUCUGUAUGCUAUAGAUCGAGAACUAGUCUUGCCACGUGUGUUGGAUCCAGUGUUUCCGAGUUGGCUCAAUCACGUAUUGCACACUAAUAUCGUAGUUUUUAUGAUACUGGAACUUUUCACAUCGUUCCGUGCCUAUCCCAAGCGCAGUAAGGGAUUAGCGGGACUCUCUGCAUUCCUGCUGUGCUAUCUAGUUUGGGUUCAUAUUAUCAAAUAUUAUUCUGGAUUUUGGGUUUAUCCUGUACUCGGAGUGUUGCAGUUACCACAACGCAUCAUAUUUUUCAUAGCGCUAUUUAUAUUUACGCAGUGUUUAUAUCUCUUUGGCGAGUUUAUGAAUAAUAUAGUUUGGGAGAAAGAACUGAAACUCGCGCAACGCAAAGUUAAAUAAACGCAGCAUGUCACAUGGAAGGAAAUUGUUAAGAAAAUAAUUAAGGCAAAGAAACCAAACAAAUUUCUUAUGAUAUUUUAAAUUUAAAGCUUUGCAUAAAUACUUCUAAAUUGUAUUUAAUAUACUGAAUUGUAUUUAAUAUACUAUAAAUAGUUCGAUUACAACCAUUUAAAAUACUAGAAGUUCUUAUUGAAUUAUAUGUAGUCAAUUCCUACUUUAUAUAAUUAAAUUUUUAAAGCAAAUACUUGCGAGUAAAUACUUACAUAUGUAGAAGUAAAAUUAAAAGAAGUAUAUUUAUAUAACGUUUUCUGACGUAUUUGUUGUUUCAGUGGUACAAAUUACUAAAAAAAAAAUAUUGCCAAUACAAGGAUCAUUAUUUAGUUAAAUAAUUAGUUGAAUUGCUUUUUGCUGACAUACAUACAUUCAAAUUAAAUAUUUACAUAUAAAGGAAGAUCUUAACACUCAAUAAAAAUUCAUAUCAGCGCACUGAAGUUAGUUUUAAUUAAAAACAGUAAACUGUUAAUGCUAUAAAACGAUAUUAAAAGUAAUUAAUUUCAAUUUA